AUGGAGUAUUUAGGUUUUUCAUCCACAAACCUACCUUUUCAUCAUCCACGUCUACCACAAAAAAACUCUUCCUCUGUUACAGUGUUAAAGAGAUUAGAUAACAGAAAAUUAAAUAAAAUUGAAACGACCGAGGAUAUUAACCAAUCUACCCCAAGAGCGCUCACUGUAGCUAUUUCGGGAUGCACCUCAUCAGGCAAAACAACACUGGCCUUACUACUCUCAGAAAUCUUCUCUGCUUUCUCAUCCAAAAACAAAUCAACAGAAAACAGUUCUUCACGUGAGUCUGAGAAAGAUAAUCUAGGCAAUUCACAAGCUAUCACCCCUUUCACAACCACUAUUCAUCAGGAUUCUUUCUUCAUUCCAAAAGCAGACUGUCCAUUUGUCCAAUUCAAUAGCACUAAUAAUGAUAAAAAAUUUGUGAAAGAAAGCAUUGCCCAGAAAGAUGAAAAGCCAGUCUACACCUACUCUUGUACUGGCACAAAAGGAGAAGGGAUUGUACAAGUUGUCGGGCCAAACACAGAUUGCAUAGAAGCAGUUAACUUUAGCAAUCUACUUCGGGAAGUUCAAGCCACGCAUAUCAAAAAAAUUGAACCACAAAAGAUCACUCGAUUCAAAGAAGAUGCGGAUAAGAAGAAACUUGUGGAGCAAUAUUCCGGAGUGAUCGCAAGCAUGCGCAAGAAAAUCAAAGAACAUAGGGCAUUGACAACAAUCAAGCAGGCUUCUAGAUAUGGGGAAAACGUUGCAGGUAAUAUCAAUGGAUGGGUCUUCGUGGAAGGAUUUUUGCUAUUUAGCAAAUCCAAGCCUCCCGACCACGGAAGCUUGGAGUUCCUUGAAAACACUGGAAAGCCUUCUGCAGAGGUUCCUGAAGAUUUGCAAAUGAUAGCCAAGAAAGAUUUUACGUUCAUGGAGAAAGAGCUAACAAGAAUGAAGGAAGAAAGUACCUUGUCCAAGGAAGCUUUGAUGGAGGAAUUUGAUAUUAAAUUGUUCUUGCCUACCAGCAAGGAUGUUGCUAAGCAAAGAAGAAUGAGUAGAUUUCCGUAUGUUGAUUUUCCUGCUGGUGGAAGACAUCCUGGCCAAAUGUGGAAAUCGGAAGGAUACUUUGACGAGGUUGUUUGGAAAGGUUAUGAGGAUUCGUUCAGUUGGUUGUUGAAAGAGACCGGAAAGGAAUGCAUCAAUGGAGUGUUUGUAAGAACCACUGUCGAUGACACAGUUGAGAAUACUGUUGAAUGGGCGGUUGAUAUUAUCCUCGACUUUUUGACAAGCUGGGAAAUGAACCAAGAGGGCAUUUUGGGCAACUAA